CAGUGAUGGCGGUGACAGACAGUGUGGUAGAGGCCGAUAAUCAAUAAUGAAUCCUUGUGUUAUCUGACGUGUGGUGUGUGUGUGGUGCCUGUGGUGUGAAGGAGGAGGAGGAGGUGGUGAUGUAGAGACACACAGAGGGAUAAAUAGACCGUGUGUGAGGUCAAGUAACUACAAGGUGUGUGGGAGGAAGGAGGUGUAUGGCCGCCCCCCUCUACUUCAUCACUCCUUCAUCAUUCAUACACACCUAUUGCCUCAUAAUUAACCUAUUUAAGGUGUCCUAGAGGCUAUUACCUUUCUAUUAUUACCAAGGAUUAAAGAGAAUUAAGUACCAUGGGAUCGUUGAACUUAGUGGUUCCUCUUGUUAUGUGGGGCCGUGAGGCUCCAACCCAUGACAUAUCCUGUGUCCUCUUCACCCAUGAUUGCCACACUGUUGUGACAGGGUCCAGAGAUGGCCAGAUGUGUGUGUGGGACUUUGACCCUCCUACCCUGAAGCUGACUCCUCGUUGCCUUCUGGUGGGUCACACAGCAAGUGUGGUCUGCCUCGCACAGGGAGGGAAUGCACGUGGCACCUCCUUUGUUGUCAGUUCCUCAGAAAAUGGAGAGAUGUGCACAUGGGAUCUACGUGAUGGACGGUGUGUUGAAGUUCUCAGGUCAGCCAAUGUACACUCUUCUAUGACGACGUACCAGAUGCUGAACGUCAAAGAUGUCCGGCUGUUCUGUGUGGGCAACUAUCCCGAGAUUCUUGUGUACGACCCCCACACCCUGGACGUCCUCUUCUCCUUGGCUGCUCGUAUUCAACCUGACUGGAUAUCUGCGCUCCACAUCUUGCGUCCACCCAGAAGAAAUGAUGAGGUUGUCUUGGGAGUGACGACUGGUGGCUGGGUCAAGGUGUGGACCGUCAGUGAGAGGGAGGUGCGGCCGCGGGAACCCAUAUACGAACACGAAUCCAAAAUGAUCCAUUCCUUAAAUGCUCUGUGCUUAGUCUGCUGCACGUACAACCAGCGUACCGUCCUUAUCGUUUCUCAAGACGAUUGGCAGAUAUACGACGCCGGAGACUUCUCUCAGCUGUGUCGUGUGGGUGCGACUGCCGGGGACAGAUGGAUGGGCGGAGACUUCCUCAGCGCCGACCGGGUCAUCGUGUGGACGGACAUGGGACGAGCGUACAUCUACAAACUACCCACCAAGUUAUUGAGGGGCAAGGCAGUUAGUUGCAUCGUUGAAAGCAGAGCAUUUCACAACAAGCAAGUUGAGGGGGACAAUCCUCUCAUGUACGGCGUCGUCCAGCCUCAGAAUGAAGAGCACCUAGUCAACGCUCCAUCAUGGCAGUUUAUGAUGAUUCCCCUGGAGAGUGGGGCAGAGAAGCUGCUACUAAGAGGCGACUGUGAGGGCCAGGUGAUGUUGUGGCGCCUGGCAGAUGUGUCUGAACAACAGCUGCAGCAAAUCAGCCAAGCACAUCCCUUCCAGCCUCUCAUCUUCUCACCAACUCUAAACCACUCUAUGAUGAAGGCCUGGGUUGCUAUGAUUCCGCCCCCAAUAGGCGUGUUGGACCAGCUGGAAGGAGAGAAGAAUCCCCCGAGGAUCACGGCCAGUCUCUUCCUGCCUCUCCAGGGACGCCUCGCCUGUGGUCGCGAGGAUGGCUCCAUCAUCCUGGUCCCAGCUACGGAGACCAUCAUGCUCCAUCUGCUUCAUGGCAAACACCACCAGUAUCACAACUGGGCUCAGCCGAUGGUGUUACGAGGUCAUCAGGGACGGGUCAACUGCCUCCUCUAUCCUCACGGUGAAAGUCCCCGCUACGACAUGGCUCACCUGGUGUCCGGAGGAAUUGAUUUCUCCAUUAUCGUGUGGGACAUGUACACAGGCAACCUGAUCCAUAGAUUUGUGGUUCAGGCGGGACAAAUUCUGCAGCUGCUGGUCCCACCGCCUACAUGUACGCCUCGCAUCCAGAACUGCAUUUGUAGUGUUUCUGAGGACCACAGUGUAGCACUGCUGAGCAUCAAGGAGAGAAAACUGGUGCUACUUGCAUCUAAGCACCUGUAUCCCGUCCUUAAUGUCAAAUGGCGGCCCGAGCACGACUUCUUGAUGGUCGCCACGCACGAUGGAUCUGUUUAUGUCUGGCAGAUGGAGACAGGUCACUUAGAUCGCGUUCUACAAGGCGUGACAGCAGAGGAAGUAUUGGGAGCUUGUGAUGAACACUCCACAGCCCCGGGCAGUGGCAGUGGUGGUGCUGGCUCUGACACAGGACUUGCUAACCCUGCUGUUCACCUCUUCAGGGGCCUCAGGCAUCGGAACUUGGCGGCUAUUAGACAUGCUGCACAGAGGGGGAUCCAGCAGGUGUUGGGCGAACAGAACAACUAUCAGGACAUUCACGAUAGUUCCAAGAUGAGAACUUGUCCCCUCAUGAUACAAGGACUCCGCACAAAUAAACAAGACGCUAACUCCCACGUUCUCUUCUUUGACAUCGAAGCUCUUAUUGUUCAGCUCCUGAGUGAUGAGUACACCCUUAUGUCACCCGGGACCCUGGAGGCCAACGAGUUAAUCAUGAGUAGCCAGUACCAGCGGAUGAACGUCCUCACUCAUCCUGCCUCACCAGAAGCGGCAAAGAAAAUAGCAGAGUUCUUCGGUAAGGUGAAGGAUAAAGCCGGAGAGAUGGAGAAGAAGAUGAAGGAGAAGGACAAGCACGAUGAAGCGCAGUUAUCCCCUUCGAAAUUCCAUAAUAUACUGGGUCGAGCUAAGGACAAGGCCACCAAUAUGGAGAAGAAGAUCAGGGAGCGAGACCAACAGGGGUUGCUGUCACGGGUCAAGGAAUCGGCAGAGAGUGUCCAGAACCUCAUACAGAACAAAGUGGAACAGUCAGGAUUCCGUCCCACCACACUCAGCUCGGCUAAGGAUGGGAGUGGAAGCGGCCGGGUACAGAUCCCCCGACACUUGGACGUGACGGCACAGACCUUGCAGAUUGGUCAGAUGCUUAUGUCACUGUUACACUCGUGGGGUCUGGACGGUUCGCUAGACCAGACGUGUGAGAACAUCCUCGGUCUUCUCAAACCCAGAGUUCCAGUUUCCUAUGGCCUUAUAUCCAAGUCAGGCUAUAUGUCACUGUUUAUGCCCACUUGGCACCCAGUACGAGAGGCAGAGAUGCCCCAAAUCAAUUUACCACCCGACUUGGCUGCUGAACUGCCACCCGAGAUGGUCAAACUGGAACACAGGACACAGGUAUUCACUGGGCGUGGCCACUGGGAGGUGUCACCAGCACUCACCACCCACCACCUGUUAGCCCUGGUCUCAGUGGCCAACACCCUUCAAGACAUGAAUGCUGCCACACUCAUCCCUGAACAGGAGCGCCGCCGCAAGAACCACAUCCAAAGCUCCAGAGCCAACCAGUCGGUGACCAACCACGAAGAUGAGUUCUCCCGGCAGCAGUCUGUGAUAAAACAAGGCUGGUCAACGCUCACAGCUCUCCACACUGUACUCUUACCUGACUGUGUGGUGGCUGCUGGUGCCCCGACGUACCAACCUCCCAUGGUGGAAAUUCUUGCUCGCAGAUGGCAGGAUCGUUGUCAGGAGGUGAGGGAAGCAGCACAGGCUUUAUUAAAAACAGAGCUCUCUCGGAUGGGCCCUGAGGGUCGGCAGAAACUGAUCGAAAUCUGGUCACCGCACUUGCCAACACACACGGAGCCUCUGCCCACGGGUCCCACCAACUACAAUAACCAAGAGACUCCACAUCCACCACGACCUGAGCACCCAGCUACCAAGACCACUUCAGGGACACCGUCGGUAAAUGCCACAGUGAACGGCACAAGUGGGAACAGCAGUAGCGGAGGAACCACCAGUGAACGGACGAUGGAGCCACAUCCACAUCUUGACGAGGACCAUUAUGAUGAGGAGAUGGACGCAGGAGAGACAUGCCGUGAAGUGGUGGCCCAGUCAGAAGGCCGGAGGAAGCAAGCAACAGCCAUCAUCUUAUUGGGAGUCAUCGGGGCAUACCAUGGUCAGGACUCGGCUGAAGGUUUUGGCCUAGGCAAUCUUGCAAUGCAAACAAGCAAAGCUCUUGCUUACUUAGUCUUAGCUCCAGCGGGCCCCAAGCUACCGGCUCACACACCAUUGAGACGAGCAGCCAUUGAUUUAAUAGGUCGUGGAUUCCCCGUCUGGGAACCCUACCUGGAUGUGGCUAAGGUGUUGUUGGCACUGCUGGACUUUUGUGCUGAUACUGACCGGUUGGCUCCCAGCAUGAAAUAUGGGUUACCUCUCAUACCAGAGGCAGACUCUUGUCGCACAGCUUCCAAUGCACUGACGCUGAUUGCCGAGGCCAGACCCCCAGCCUUCAUCACGACCAUGGCCCGUGAAGUUGCCCGCUUUAACGCCCUGCAGCAGAAUGCUCAGAGCCUACAACUGAACAUCCACAACACUGUCCUUCACCGCGCCAAGACAGAGAUUCUCCGAGUGAUGGAGUACCUCAUUGUACAUAAAAGAUGCCACAUCAUGGACCUUAUGGUGGAGGUGAUGGACAUUGUGUUGCACUGUGUUGACCCGGGACAUCUCAAGAGUCGGGGGCUUAAUGAGGUCUUCCCAUCCAUUUGUGGUUUCCCCCAAGUAUCUCACUGUCCACACACCAGACGGAUUGCCACUGGGGCUAAAAAUGGCAGUAUUGCAAUGUAUGAACUUAGAGCAUAUAAAUGUCAGAUGAUUCCUGCACACGCCACAGCUGUGACGGCCUUGUCCUUCUCUCCUGAUGGCAAAUACUUGGCAUCUUGUUCUAUGGGGGAAAACAAACUCUCUUUUUGGCAGACGUCAUCGGGGAUGUUUGGGUUGGGGGCGUCACAGACCAAAUGCACGAAGACAUACUCGACGGUACCAGUUCCCGAUAUUGUACGUAUGAACCCCCACCGCCUUCCAAAGUUGGUGUGGAUCUCCAACAAGACCGUUGUCCACAUGAUGGCAGAUGGAACGGAGCACAGAUUUAACGCAUAGUGUUAGUUAAACUGCAGUUAAAUAACAUAGGAAACAUUUAAUAUUAUCUUGUUACUAGUGAUGUGAUAAAUAAUGGAAUUCCUCGUUGUUCUUUAGACAUCACAAGAGGGCAAACGACGUGAAGGUGCAUUUACGGACGUGGCCGAAGGUACUAGCGCUUGUAUCAUAUCGUAUCAAUCUUUUAGUGUGAGUCUCCUUGGUUAAUCAUUCCUAAUGCAUCUUAACACAUCUGAGUGAUAAAGUAGGAAUUCAUUCAAAUCUGUGACACUGUUACGUGGUUCCUCGGUUUCGUUAAAAAGAAAAGGGGGUCAAAUUCUGCUGCUUUUUUUUUUUUUUGCGAGGCUCCUAAUAAUUUCCACGUGUGACGCAGCAGUACAGUGGUUGAGAAGUUACAGGAGCCCAUAUAACAUGCCUUACAUACCUGCCUGUUGUGUUUAUAGAGCUGUCUGUCUAUGGCCUUGUUUUGUUGACCGAUUUACUUUUAUUCCGUGUCUGCCUGGUCUGGGUGUGAGCCUUGAGAGUCUUAGACGAGGGUAAAUGGCAAAGUGGGACUAUAAUCACCUGUUACGUCUUUUGUUAAGGAUAAAUAUAUUGGACGUUAGAUACACAAUUCACCGUUAGAUGCCCUCUAUCCCUCACUCUCUCAGGGUGAUAAUUGAGGAGGUCUUCAGCAUGCACACUUGGUAGGAGAAUGUCAUAGUGGCUGUGUUCAACAAUAUUUUGUCUGUAAGUUUUUUUCCCAGGUGUGUGUUGCUGCUGGAUGAGGCAUUUAGUUGUUGCCUCCUCCCCUUGAAACUUCACUCCAGACUCAGAGUAAAGAAACCAGGAGUUCUUUAUGUGUUCCAAUUUUUUUUCUUCAUUUAUUUGAUGCAUCUUACCAAUUAGUACUUCAUAUUGUGCAAGAUAUAAGUACAGUAAUGUAUCGCUUUUGCUUCACAUAUAGUUAACAUCCUAUAAGAACCAGAGUCGAGUAAAGACGAGGCUAAACGUACAUAAGAAAACCUCUCAUUUGACUUCAUGGUUAAAGUUGGGUGAUAUCCUCAGCCAAGUCAACAGGGAGGAUGAAUGAGGCACAACUUACGUCACAUCUGCCAGCAAGCAGCCUGUACUUCACUUCCUACCUCUGCCCUCAGUCUCAUCUUAACAUUUUGUCUGUUGUGAAUUGCAACAGAUGUUCCUGUAAUGUUGUAGACCUGAAGGAGACCAAAGACAUUCUAACAUGUCUAAAAAGUUCUUGUAGUAUACUUGUGGCAUGAGAUUCACUUGACAGGUUCGGCCUUGAAUGAACGUGAGGUUUGUUCUUAUUGUCUCAGACCAGAUGGAAAGAUAAUUUGUAACAAUGUGUCUUGCUCUGAGGUGUAUUAUUUAUAUGCGUAUUUAUUUUGUAAGACUCGUAUAAGUUAACUGUGUAACUGGAAAGUGUUGGUGAUGCAUAGUGUGAUUUUUACUGCUUGGAAAAGUGUCUUGAAUCACUUUUCUAUCAGAGCCUUAGUACACCACAGGCUCUUUACCCACUAAUAUUUCACAGAGGAAUUUAAAAAAAGAGAGAUAGAGGAAAUCCAUGCCAAAAAUACACUAUGAAAGGGAGUGCUAAAUAGGAAUUGAAUAUAUAUUUUAUUUUUAAUAGAUAUAUUACAACUCUCAGAAGAUUAUAUUUAGAAUUUAUUGAAUAACUUUGAUGUGUGGUUAGUCAUUAUUUAACUAUAUUCUGAUAAUUUAGCGGUAAAGGCUGGAAAUACUUAAAAGGUUCUCAUAUUUUUCAUUCUUGGUUGAUUCCUUGGUGACAGAAUAUGAAUAGAGGUUAAAGGACUUGUGUCUGGGGUCGCCUCUGAGCUGAAUGAAAAAUAGCGUCUCCAUAGUGAAGGGUUCAAGAGGUACGUUAAAAGAGGUAAUAUGAGCGACUCUUUAAUUGUAUCACUAACUAGAUACACUGUAGGAGAAGUAGAAAUAGAAGAGAUGGAAUGUGGUGUAGGCAGUGAGAUGAGAGGAGGAGGAGGCUAUCACUGAGGAGAGGAAAUCGUUUAGUAUGAGAACAAAUUUACAUUCAGCUAAAGAUACACAGUGACAGAAGAUUGGCUUGGGUUUCAUAUAGUUAUAGUAAUAGGUAAUGACAGUGUAAAGGGACCCUACACGAAAGACUUUUAUGCAGCGGAGAAUAGAGUCGGCCAUGUACAGUACGUCAUCAUCCACGUUGGCAGUAGCAUGUAGCAGGUGCCUUUGGGCUUUUUUCCCAUGUUUUGAAAUGUAGGAACAGAGUUGCCUUAACCUUCUGUUGGUCAUUACAGUUGUGAACCAAAUGCCAUUCUCCCAAUACUGUCUCUUUUUUGUAUAAAAUCCCUACUGAAUGUAUAAAAGAGGCAUGUAUUGUUAAAGGUUCCCAGUGUAUUCAUAUGUAAAAAAAAGGUCUUAGUUUCUUUUUUUAAGUUGGGUAUGUGAAGAAAUAUUGGUUGUAAAUGAUGAGAUAUAAGACUGGAUUAUCGAAGGCUUAUGAAACGUAUGGUGCCGUACAAAGAAUAACACGCGAAUGUUACAAUUCCCGAAUAACAAUCCACCACAGUUUUUGUAGGAAUUAGUCGAUUUACUUUGUGGGAAUGGCAUAGAUAAGUGUCAUCAGAGUCAGUUUUAUAUGUCUGUAUCUCUUAAGUCAAAAUAAGAGUGGCCGACGUGUAAUAUGUUUAGGACGGCGAGGAAUGACGUCCUAGUUUCUGAAUUGAAAUUAUUGGUUAAAUUUAGUUAUCGACAACCACAAUGAGUAAGUACGAAGAGAUAAAUUCCUAAUCUGUGGGAGCAGGUGCUUAAUUGGUUGUUACAUAUGGUUGAUCAAUAGCCUGAGUGUGUCCUCCAGAGCUUAUGUUAUCUCUAGUCCAAAUGAUAAGAACACUGGAAAAUUCCUCAUUAACUCGAGGAACAGAAAUGAUUCCAUGAUUCUGGUGCUACAUUUUCCAUAUAUAUGUAAUGUGUUUGACUGGCCAUCCUUACACUAUUACUGGGACCCAGACUGUGACACAACCAAACCCUUGAUAGCUCUUACAUAGCCUGUAUACCUGUAUACAUUAACUCCUCAAUAUAUGUGGCAAUUUAUAGUAGAAUUAUAGUGAAAAAAUUUCUUGUAUAGUAAAUUUGCACAAAUCUAACCUCUUAUGGGAAAUAGAGUAGUGCAAUCCGAGAUAACCAAGACAUCUUAUCACCCUACAAAAUCUCACUUCAAAGUUUUAAAGGCCUUAAUUGAUUAGUGAACUCCGUAACUUGCCGUGGAUCAUAGAAUUGUACCAAAUUUAGAGUUGGAGUUACGGAUGUUGUGUGUGUGUGUGUGGGGGGGGGGGGAUUGAAGCCACUGCCUGCCUCAGUAGUUAAGGUGAACACGGAACACACACACACACUAUGGAGGCUGAGGGACACUGUUCAUACAUCCCUCUGGUCUGUUUAUGAACACCUUUCAGAAAUUAGACCUUGAUUUUCAUUAAACUUCUCUUUAAAUAAGCUAUAGCUGGUAUUUAUAUAAUUUAUAAUACUGUACCACAUUUCAUGACAUACAGGCAUAGUAUAAAUAAUAUAUAUACCGUACAAUUCAUAUAUUAAACUUUACUGAACCGGAGAAUAUGCAAUAUAGGUGAUAAAAUUUUACAUUUGUGAAUAAAAUAUGUUUUCUUGGCUGUCUUGGUCAUUGCUGUAUACACAAGCACUUUAUAUACAUACUGUAAACAAGUCUCUGUUGAUUUACACACGAUGACCUCACAAUACCCGGUCUGCUAUAGGAUGCAACACUCCUCAGUACUGAUUGACUGCUUAUAGGAGCUCAUCAUAUGCACUGUAAAAUAUAAUAUAGGGAAAACUACAUAUAUUGCACUGUAGAACUCUGAGGAUCACACACAAAACUAAAUAAUUACUGUAGAUCAUCUCACUCUUAUACAGUACAGCUAUAAUUAGUAUGUAGUACAGAAACAGUAACAAUAAAUUCAUUUUAUCGAGGCAGCACCAUCCCGUUAAAUAUAAAUCCCACUAAGUAGAAAGUCAUAGUGUGUAUAGCGAAACAGGUAGAUGGAGAUAAUGUUACCAUAUUUUAGUGAAGUAAGUGGGAGUAGAGAGAAUAUAUAAAGGUGAAAUAAGAGACUAGUGAGGGAGGCGUCCAUUGAGAAAUGUGCCAAGACUAUGUAGUCUCUGAGGUUUUGCAUAUGCCACCCUAACCUGUAGCACAAGAAGGGCAAUGUAAUAGACAGAUAAUACUAGUUGAGCAUUAUUAUUACCAUCUGUCUGGCUAAUGUAUAUGCAUAGGUCUAAUCACUUAACCAUUUCUUUAUGGGAUAUGAUGGUUAUUGGCAACUGGGUCCCACAUAAUGUAAGUGUUUGAUGGAAGUACAGUCAGUCAGUCAUUGUGAAAGCUUCAGAUUUAAAAUUACAACUUUUUCUUAUUUACUUAUGAAGAUGAACAAUGUUGGAAGUACAGGUACAGUAUAUUCGAUGUUUGGAGUCAGUGGUAGAGGUUGGGUAAGGCCAGCUGGUACUGUAGUGUACUGUACCAUGAACUGUAUGAAUCAUUUUACUGUAUGAACAGUGUGAGCAUCUUAGUUUUGUCUCCUAGUCUUGCUGCUGCCAUGAGUAAAAUGUUGUAAUUUGACCAGUACUAUCUGUAAAUAUAUUGUAAUGAUGGGCUAAAUAUUUGUGAGGUGAAUUGUUGGACAUUCCAUGUGAUUCUGUCAUCUGCUUUCUCUUUCUGUCUUCAUCUGUCCGUCUGUUUUUGUGUACAUGUAUUUAUCUGUCUACUUGUAUCUAUAUCUACUAGACAUGUUAUUCGUGAGAUUAUCACUCAGAAUAUAAGAGUUAGGAAACAUUAUGUUCUGCCUAUAUGUUAAGAUAACUUAGUAUCAUGAACUAGAUGCUUAUACUGUUGUGUAGGCGACCAUAGAUACACUAUUUUUAUUUUACUAAGCAUGAUCGUGAUAUACAUCAACUGUCUUACAUCUGUGUAAUUAGUCUGUAUGAGAUUGUUAAAGGUUGACUUGUAAGAUAAUGUUAUUAUUGUUUAGAAUAUCAAAUAAUUCUGUUGAAUGUUAAAGGAUGUAGCUUCUUGAACAUACAGUAGUCGUCGUGCUUCGUGCGGCACAAAGAAACGUCAGUUGGGGAAUACUAAGCUAACUCGCUUGCAUCAACUUGUGUUGCUUUAGUGGGAACAACAUCCUGGCCUGGUAAUGGUGAGCUCUGGAAGACAGAGGUAGAGUCAGUGUACAGUACUGCGUUUAACACUUGUUAUGAAGAUUCUGCCUUCCUGUUUCACUGUUUAUAACCAUCAGUAACCCUGAGAACAUAACUUGAAUGAUUCUAGAUUUUUUCUUUAUUUGAUACCACAAUACAACUGAACAUUGUACAAUCUUUGGAUUGCUUCUUUUCUUAUUGGAUGACAAACUUAAUUUAACCGUAAUGCUUUUUAUCGACUACUUUAGAUUUUUUUAUGUUGUAUUGUGGCCUCAGGAAUGUAUUACACUGGGCAAAAUUAAAAUCAAAUUAAAUUAGAAUAUAUUAGUGUGAACACACAGGACUUUGUUUGGUCAACUGUCAGAUAGUUGUUAAUAUUAAUAUGUCCAUUUGGGGAUUACAUGUUCAAGGUAUUUAUAUAGUACAGCAUAUAUUAAAAUAACAAGAAAAAACUCACUGGAGAGCAACAUAUGGGGUAAAGUAGGGAAGAGAGUGAGAGUGCAGGUAAAGGAAGUGUUUGGGAAGAGUGGAUUAGGGUCUGGUCAGGUGGUCUGUGGUCAUUAUGAACAUCUUGAGACAAUGGGAAAUGAAAGAUUGGUUUAAUAUUUGUAUAAUGUAGUGGUGGAUGGUCGGAGGCAGCAACAGUGUAUGGUGUUAGUGAUUUUUGAAGGAAGGAUGAUGCUGGCUUGUGUGAAGCAGUAUGUAAAUCAAAUUUACGGCCUUGUUAUGGAAAAGGGUGUACUAUAUUAGAACACGUCUUUUACAACACUAAGAAUGGGUAAAAUGACAGUGAUCGAAGUAAAUGUGUAGUGUGUAUACAGUACAUCCAUUCACUCUUGUAUCUGGCUACCUAACAUUAAACAGCUUGGCUGGAGAGUCACCAUAACAUGAACAAGUGUGUGAGAAGGAACCACAGAAUGGAAUAAACAUUUUGUCUGCCAUUGUGGAUUUGUUCUCAUUAAAAAUCUUGAAGAUUAAAAAAAUAAAGCAUUCAUUGAACACCUACUACUUCAUCCUGGGUUGAAUACAGUACAGGAAAUAACAUAAAUAAAUCAGUGGAUAAUCAGUGAUAAUCAAUAGGGCGGAUGUUUUCUAGUCUUUUUUUAUUUUAUUUUUUUUAAGGUGCCUGUCAUCCACUGUGAGUACUCUUGUGUUGUAGGAGGCAUAACAUCACACAGAGUGGCAAUAUUUUUUGUGUCAUCAACUAACAGGAUAUCUGUAUACAGUAAUCUGUUCUGCUUGCACAAGAUUUUAAAUUUGGUCACAAAUUGAGUAAAUGCAACUGGUAAUUAAAAACCUCUAUGCAAGUGGAUUACUCUUGUUUGUAAAGUGGAACUGUGUACAGAGAUCUCUUGAGAAUUUUGUGUAAGACAGACACCCUGUUAAGACUUAAACAACACAAUGAAUAUAUGUGUAGUGGGGAGAUUAUUGUCUUCCAAACUCUUCAUCAGCAUCAUGGUACAUUGUCAAAAAAAAUUUCUCCAGACACUCGGAAUCAGAUCACUGAAACAAUGAAAUAUAAUGGCAUAUAAGGAAUUACCCAUAAGCUUAACUUUCUUCUAUACUAUAUCAAGAAUGUGCUUACCGGUAUUUUAUUUACCAUUUUGAUUAACUACACUGUGUUGUUAUACUCUGUUUUAGCUUGGUUCUGCAGUAGCUAACCUAAGAUAAUAAGCCUGGGUUUGCUCAAUUCUGAUAGCCUAAGCCCCCCACCCCAAACAUAUCCAUACAGCUUGCAGCAUACAUGAAGGAACUUGUUAUCAGUAUUCAUAAUAUGUAAGUAUUUAUGAUUAAUUAUGUAAUGUUAUUCUGCAAGGUAGUCUAGACAGAUUAUCCACAGGUGUCUGAGCUAGUACAGUACUGUGUUUUGACCUCUGACCAAACACUCCACUGUACCACACCUCACCCACUCCGACCUGCACUAGUAUCUCUUCAACACAUUCCCCUCUCACUUUCUCUCCUUCCAUCCUACUAACUCUUACUAGUACUAACACCCUUUUAACAUGUUUUCCUUUAACUCUCAUCAUCACUAUCACCCCUCAUGCAUCAAUUCUCUCCUUCCAUCCAUUGUAUCUACUCACCAUAGCUAACAACUAUCAUAUGCAUAAAUCUUAAAAUCCACAUCUUUGCUUUACUAUCAGGUACAUUACAGUUGCAGGAAAAUGUCAUCUGUACCUCAUUCACAUUGUGUAGUUCUGCAAGUAAUUUUGUUUUGUUUUUCCCAUUUUUUAUGUACUUUAUUAUUCUGUAUAUGGCUUCCCACCAUCAGCCACUGUGCUGCAUUUUUUCAUGUUUUCUCAUUCCUCUACCUUAUACUCAUUCCAAACUUCCAGUCUUUUUCUCAGAAUUCUAUCAUAACCUUCUUUGGACUUGUUAUUCUAAUGUUAUAAACCACUGCUUGUUUCACAUGCACAACUACAAUUGACUGAAAUAUUUAUUCCUUUCAGAAAUCUUUGCCACAAAUACAAGCUCACAUGACACUUGCACAAGCACACACACCCACAGAGUAGAAAAACACAAGUUUUCAAAGCCUUGGGAUUGAAAAGGUGGCAAAGCUUGACAACUUUGCUAAUCAAUGGUUAAGUUGAAACAAGGGUUUUUAAAAGAUAUUCUACCAAAUAUUACUGCUUGUUUUUAUUUUGUAUGUACGUAUUGGUAUUGUACUUAUUAAUCACGGAGGAAGAGUAGUAGCCAUUAUGCAGUGUGUGUGUGGUUAUGUUUGUAAAUCCAUUUUACAAAUCUACUCUGGGCUUGGUAAAUUAAAUGUAUAUUGGGUAUUGAUCAUAUUGAACACUUGAUAUACAGUAUAUUUGGUUUUAAUCACACUCUUUUCUUCAUUUAUUUGGUAAAAAUAUACUUAAGUUUGAGAUUUUUGUUAGUACCUCAGUGACUGGGUGGCUGACAACUGCCCCAUACCAGUCAGAACUUAGUGCCAGGCAGACUGGAUAUACACUUUCUCUUGUAUUUACCCCUCACAGUCAUAAUUUUGUUUAAUGGUUGAUUCCCCUGAGGUAAUGUAUUAGAUAAUGCCACAGUAGAUCUCUAAAUUUAGUUUUUUAUCUUGCAUUUGUACAGUACAGUAUCACCUUUAUAAAAGAUUCACAUGCCUGAUCUUUCAAACGUGUGUGUAGUGGUUGUAAAAAUGUGUCGUUGAUUUUACCAUAAGUUAGGGCUUAAAACUGAGUCCUGAAAAAAAAACCAGUUGGUAUUAGAUUCUUCUGUUAUUUUAUUUUAUUUGGUUGAAAUUUUUGAACUUCAUUACAUUUUUAUGGAGUUUUAGAACAAAGAGUAGACAGUAAGUGAAGCCAACGUGAACUAAGACAAAAUAUAGAACCAUCGGCAAAUGGGUUUGUGGUAUUCUACUCUGUGUGUGUAUGCUUAUAUAUAUACAGUGUAAAUAUAUACCUGUAUACUGUAUAUAUAUAUACCCAUAUACUGUAUAUGUAUAUAAACUUAUUCAUAGUUAUAUGUUACAGCCUUAUCAGUCCACUGCUGGAUAAGGUUUACCCCAGAGGUGGAAGUGUGGUAGUACAGGUAACUCAGUAAAGUGGCUCGGUGGAUUAGUCCAAGCUGCCAAGAUACCAAUUUACAUACACUGAAUUAAGUAAGUUAUAGUUAACAGAUUAUUAUCAUAUUUAUGUGAAAAACAAUAGACAAAUAUAUUAAUAAAAAAGAAAAUAUUUAAAAAACUUGAAAGAAUGUACAGUAUAAUAUUGUACUGCAAGGGGGGAAAAUUUUUCAAAGUCUGUAACCUGCUUUAUACAUUAUCCUGAGGCUUCCUGUACAUUUAUGUAUGUGUCAACAUGUUGUACUUGAUGCAGAGUAUGUUGUGCCACCUUCUGGUACAUAUUUUAUAGAAUAUUUGGUGUUUAUAGGUUGUAUUUACCAUUCCAAACUGAUAUGGUGAGGGUAGCAUUCCAGUCCGCCUUUUGUCAUAACACCUUGUUAAUGUAAUAUAAGAGUUUGGGGAUAUAUUCUACCACAAUCAAGACUCUGAUGUGAUAACUGGUAAUAAUCGAAUAUUAAUUAGUAGAAUGUUAAAAUUUAAAUUACUACAUAAAAAUCUUAUGAUCUCAAAAGCAAAAUACAAAUCAGAAGUAUACAGUAUUUGUUAAAUUACCGGAUACUAGAUGUAAAUUGGUGUUAAUUUUGUGACCUAAAGUGGUGAAGGGAUUAUGAGGUAAUAAUUUAAUGUUUCUUACUUCAUCCGUUAAAAGUUGAUAAAAAUACCUGGCACUGUAUAUGUGAAGAGCCUGUGAUCCAGUUGAGCUUUUUGUGCACAAUACAAAACAGAGGAUUAUUUCUGUGAUGCUCCUCCUAAGACGUGAAUCAUUAUCACUUACUAAUCUUGUCCUCCUUGCAACAAUGCCAUAAUGAAAACUGCUAGGGAACUUGUGGUUGAUCCUAGGUGGUUUUCACGCACGGUAUUCACUCUGUCGUCCAGGGCUUGGAUUUCACCAGCUAGUUGCUACCCAGUAAACAAUGCCAUCUUGAACAACAGCUUUUAUGACUUAAACUGGUAGAAAUGAAACAAGAGAAAUAUGGGAGAGAGAUAUCCUCAUUUUGAUAAACAUUGUGUGGUGUAAAACAUGUAUUAACUAGGAAACAAUACAGUACUCUAGGGUGGAAUCACUUCUGUUAGUUAACCAUGUUUAAUUGUUGGUACAACUUUCAUGUAAUAUACUUCUGUACAAAUGGAUGUAAAAUAUUUAUGUAUCUUAGUGAUUAAUAUUGGAAAUAAUAUGUAUGAGUCUUUCAUGAAGGAUACAAUGAAUAUAUUGGUGUAGAGCUGUCCAGUCUCUGCUUGUGUUUGUCCUGUGUGUUUUAUGAAAGAGAGAGAGUGUGAGAGAGGCUUUUUGCUGCUGUUGGCAACCAUGGAGUGUGUGCCACCAGUCUGUACAUAGUAUGAAGGAUGUCCAAUAAAGAGAAUGAAGGUAAAUAUUA